AUGCCUGGCCCAGCAGUUUAUGUGGUUGCCGUAGUAGUUGGCUUGGGUGCUUGCGUUAUGUUCAAGGACUUCGUCUACGAGCCACACAUCGCACCAACUCUCGAGCGGUGGGCGCAAGAUUUCGUUGAAAGGCGUAGAGCUAGACGUCAAAGGGAGCAAGUACCUGUUUCUGUAUCAGUAAACCCUGGUCCAUCCACGAGGAGGGCUCGCAGCAACGACGGCGACAGUGGAGCCGAAGGCGGAUCUGUAUAUGAGUUAGAGGGGCUGAUCUCUCGCGAGGUUGACGAGUGGAGGAAUAAAGUCGACAGGAGUCAGAAUCAGCUAAGAUUUAGAAACAACGCUGCUUCAGAAGCAGAGCGAUAUAGCUUUUCCAGUAACACCCUUGACGAGUCCAUCGCUUCUCUGCCCUACACCCCCAUCGUGCCAACGCACGUAGUUAGCAAUGAUUCGUCCCCAAUGACGGCUACGCUUUCUGAUUUGCACGAUGUCUUCGUUCCCACCACAAGUGGGGAGGAUACCACACCAUGGGACUUACAUAUUGGUUCUUCGUCAUUAUCGCGCACUGUGGCUCCUUCGGAUGACCAUCGCGCACAAUCGCAGCCGUCUGCAGUGCCUCCCCCUUCUCUCAUGCCGUCAGUGCGCUCACCGUUGUCCCAGACGCCCGUCAUCCCCUCGCGAGCGUCUACAUUAACGCCUACCUCGGCAGCUGCGCAAACUGUGUUGCCGAUGGGUUCACAGCCUAUCAUUCUGUCACCAGCGCCGAUAAUAGCCUCGCCAUCCGCAGGUUAUCCUGCCUAUGUUAACAGCCCGCAUGACAACCCUUUCGAGUCUCCCUUUGAUGCUGCCGUGUCGCCUUCGACUCCACGAUCGCCAGGUCGAACUUUUUCGCAAUCUCCAGAAAUACUUUUCCGUAGCUCUCCUUCUCCACCUUUGGAUUCUUUGCAACGUACUCCUCCCCAAUACCUUGGUUCACUAUCUGAGCGAUAUCCGGCACCUGUCUCGCCACCCAUAGAGAUAUACACCCCAGUCCAUUCGCCGAUAGAGCUCGUGUCACCACCCUCAACAAGAUCUGGCACACCUCCUGUUGAUAUAUUUAUGCCGAUGUCUCCUGGUGCAGAAACCUUUUCUGAUUUUCUCUCUCCUACGAUGUCUUCUGUAGACUUCCUCUCUGCUGCGGAGGAGUGGGAAGAAGAUUCAGACGAUGAGGAUCUGUCUGUUCGCUCACCUUCGCCAGAAGCCUCACCUAGACACAAUAGUAAUUCGGCAUCGUUACUAUGGAGUGAGUAUCACCACCCCUCUGGUAGCGACGAUGGACACGAGGGUAGUGUGAGCGAAGGUAGCGAGACGUCAAGUUGGGCAAGCGUCCCGCCUCGCCGUUGA